CCAGGAGCUGAGUACGAAAUUGCCCCACCCCUGGGAGGCAGAGGAGGGUGCUGGCCCAGCCCUGUGAGGGCCCUGGAGCCGUGGUGCCCGCAGGUGGCAGAGCUCUGCACGGCUGCAUCAUGUUCUGGGCUCCUGUCCUGCUGGUGCUCCUGGCCCACUGCACAGGUUGUGGCCCUCAGCCGGUGCUGAAUCAGCCACCGUCUGUGUCCUCGCCCCUCGGAACCACCGUCCGCCUGGCCUGCACCCUAAGCGGUGACCUUGAUGUCGGCAUGUACAACAUCUACUGGUACCAGCAGACGCCUGGCCACCCGCCACGGUUCCUGCUGAGAUACUUCUCCCACUCAGACAAGAGCCAGGGCCACAAGGUCCCUCCUCGCUUCUCUGGAUCCAAAGACAUGGUCAAGAACACGGGCUAUUUGAGCAUCUCUGAGCUUCAGCCAGAGGACGAGGCUGUGUAUUACUGUGCUGUGGGGGCCCAGAGCCUGGAGCGGGAGAUGGAGAGGAAGGAAGAAAGGGAGCCUGCUGCUCCGGGGCCCCUGGCACCCCAGGACACACUUACCUUGAACUGGCGAAUGAGACCCAGGACAGGCCAGCUGGGCCAUGACAUCCCCAGGGGGCAGCACUGGCCUCUAAUCCUGCUAGGCCUGGCAGUGGGUGCCCAUGGCCUGCUGCCCUCGACAGCGGCACCGCCGAACAGGGCUCCCCGCACGGAGGCCUCAGCAGAGAGCAGCCCUUGGAGCAGGUGGGACAGGUCACCAUUGCAGCCCGGUCCCCGGGGGGCAGGCCCCAGGUGCUGGCCCGGCAGAUUUUGGUCUGAGCCUCAGUCACUGUGGUAUGUCUUCGGCAGCGGGACCCAUCUCACCGUCCUAGGUCAGCCCAAGUCCGCACCCUUGGUCACUCUGUUCCCGCCGUCCUCUGAGGAGCUCAAAGCCAACAAGGCCACCCUGGUGUGUCUGAUCAGUGACUUCUACCCGGGCAACGUGACGGUGGCCUGGAAGCAAGAUGGCACCACCGUCACGCAGGGCGUGGAGACCACCAAGCCCUCGAAGCAGAGCAACAACAAGUACGCGGCCAGCAGCUACCUGACCCUGUCGCCCAGCACGUGGAAGUCUCACCGCAGCUACAGCUGUCGGGUCACGCACGAGGCGGGCACCGUGGAGAAGAGAAUGGUCCCUGCAGAAUGUCCUUAGGUCCCUGAGCCUCCC